AUGCUGCGGUUGAGGUGCUUGCCUCAAGGACUCCCCACAUUGAAUCGCAAUGUUGCGACUGGUUUGGGUGCUGGCUGCUUGCCGCGCCGACGUGUUGGAUUGGCUCUUCAGAAACAUGCUGGGCCUUGGCGCCUUCGUGGUGUUGCUGCUGCUAUAACUGGCCUGGCUGCGAGCACCACGAGCAAGUCUUUUGCCUCCGAGGCGCGGGCACGCUCAGCGCUUCCUUCGGAGAGAAUCGAUGAGGUAGGCUACAUCACGGACUUGGAGGGCGACUUGGACACCUUCAACCGCUACCUGGGAAGCGGCAGAGCUGUGCUUUUCAGGGACGAGAAAGAGGAGCUCCAGCUUCGCUCCCCGACCGCUGCCUUCGUUUUCGGUGGCGAUCUGUUCGACCGGGGCCCUGGAGACCUGCAGCUCGCCAGGGAGCUCGUCGCCCUGAAAAAGAGGCAUCCCGACCGCGUCUUUUUGAUCAUGGGAAACCGGGAUAUUAACAAAAUGCGUUUCACCGCGGAGCUUCAGGCGGAGGAGGUCGCCCUGGGCCCCGACUCUGCCUUCCAGCCGUGGUGGGAUCCGAAAGCCACGAAGUUGCCAGAUUUCUUGGCCAAGAAGGGCUGGACGGACACGCCCGUGGCACGACUGAAGUGGAUGCUGACGUGCACUUUGGGCUCGCCGCAGGCUUUUGCUCACCGGCGCGCGGAGCUUGCGCGCCUCGCGGGCAAGGACGUCGCUGAGAUCUCGGAAGAGGAGGUGCUGGAGAGCUAUUCUCAGUCGGUGCUCGACAAGAACGGCGCGGUAGUGGCUUACCUUCGGAAUGCACAAGUUGGGGUGAUCAUUGGCGACACCCUCUUCGUCCACGGAGCGGUGGAGAAGCAAGCUUUGGGCUUCGUGCCUAGCCCGACACUGCGCUAUCGGAGGAACAGCCCCGAGGAGGUGCAAGUAGGCUGCCGCCGAGGCCUUGCUCUGCGUGAGUGGAUCGAUGGGCUGAACGACUUUGCUUUCCAAGAGGUCGAGGCCUGGCAGCGAAGCCCCUUCUGGCAACCGUCGCCCACUGGCCGCGUCCGUGGAGGGGAAGCGCUCAUGGCCUACCAAUGCCGCCCAGCCAUGGCGCUGCACACGGUGGUGGUGACCUGCUACGUGGACGGACAUGCCAUGCCGGCAAGGAAAGCCAUCGACGAAGAUAAGUUCGAAGGCUACCAGAAGUGCUCAGAUCCCAUGAACAAGGAAGUUCUGGAGUACCUGCUGGACGGAGGUGUUCGGCGGGUCGUGGUUGGGCACAAGCCCAGCGGUCAGGCUCCGGCAGUCCUGCACACUGCUGGCCGGGAUGGCUUGGGCUACGAAGUAGUGUCUGCGGAUACCAACUACGCCAGCUCCGAAACUUCCUGCCUGCGCGGGGGCUCCUGGGCUGAGGUGCGCAUCUCACUGAAAGCCGGCAGCAGCCAAACGCGAUUGCACGGAGUCUUGUCGGACGGCAGGGGCCAGUAUGAUUUCCAUCUGCCUGCUCUGGGGACGAGUACUUCAGAGUGGGAGGACGGAGAUCCCCUCAUCGGCCGCGAGACGAGCGACGGCUGGUGGGUUCGCGUUAGGCUCGGUGGACUCAAGGACUCUGAGAGUUUGUACCUCUUGUCCAAGGGCAGUGGGCGAAAGGCGAAGUACGUCACAAAGGGAGCUGGCCAGUUCCAGGUCUUUCAGGAGCCUCCCUCUCUCAGUCCUCGCGGCAGCGCCUCUCCUAGUGCAUCCUGA